AUGAAACGAUUUUAUUGGAAAGAGUCUUUCGUUUGUGUAUGUAACAGCAGCUAUUGUGAUGAUGUGAAUGAGCUCGGAGUUACUACACAUGGCAAAGCAAUCAUCUACACUAGCGACAUGAAACACGAUCGUUUGGAAAGAACUGAAGCUCAUUUUAAAGAGCCUGUGGGUAAGUUAUAGGGCUAGGGUAGGGCUAAGUUUCUCGAGCUAAAUCUCUCGGGCUAGGGCUCUUGGGCUAAGGCUCCAAGCUAGGGCUUUAAGCUGGGGCUAGACAAGUAACUGAAAACCUCAAACGCAUUUUUUAGAAAAGUUGGUUGAAAUUACGAUAGACGCUAGCAAAAAACGACAAAGUAUCAUCGGGUUUGGUGGCUGUAUAAACGACAAUGUUGCAAUUCUUACACAAAAUGACGACACAAAGGGAAAAGAGAGAAGAAAGAAAUUACUCAAUCAAUAUUUUUCAAAAUCAGGUAAAAUACCCUACCCUACCCUACCUUAAAAAUAUAAACUUUGUUAAAAGUUUUUAGGCAUCGAGUACUCAGUAGGUCGAGUACCAAUCGGCGCAAACGACGCAUCUGUUAAAGAAUGGUCUUUCUUGAACCACCCAGACGACUACGAAUUAGAACAUUUUUACACACUUGAUGAAAAUAAGAUUGGGUUAAUAAAAGAAAUCUUUGCAAUAAGCAACAAAAUCAAGCUGUUUGGCUCAGCGUGGAGUGUACCAGCUUGGAUGAAAGAUACUGGAGUGAUGAAAGGAACAGGCAGAAUUAAGGGCACUUUCAACAGAGAGUACUAUGUUUUGUAUGCAAAGUACUUGAUUGAGUAAGUUUGAUGCAAUUUAUAAUGAACUAAUGAUUUUCAGUUCAAAAUUAAAUUUUAGGUAAAAAUCCAUUUUAGGAAUAAAAACCAACCUUAGGGUUAGAAAAUAAAUUUUAGGCUUAGAAAUGAAUUUUAGGCUUAGAAAUGAAUUUUAGGCUUAGAAAUGAAUUUUAGGCUUAGAAAUGAAUUUUAAGCUUAAAAAUGAAUUUUAGGCUUAAAAAUGAAUUUUAGGCUUAAAAAUGGAAUUUUAGGCUUAAAACUCAAGAUAUUAGCUCCUAAAUUAACUUAAGGCUUCAAAAUCAAAUUUUAGGCUUAAAACUGAAUUUUUAGAAUAAAAAGUGAAAUUUAGGCUUAAAAAUGAAUUUUAGGCUUGAAAAGCAAACUUUAGGCUUUAAACGAAUAUUAGGCUUACAUAUAAAUUUUAGGCUUAAAAAUGAAUUUUAGGCUUAAAACUCAAGAUAUUGGCUCUUAAAUUAACUUUAGGCUUUAAAAUCAAAUUUUAGGCUUAAAACUGAAUUUUAAGUUUAAAAAAUAAAUCUUAGGCUUAGAAAUGCAUUUUAGGUUUGAAAAACAAUUUAAGUCUACAAAUAUAAUCUACUAAUCAAGUCCGAACCAAUAAAAAAAAUUUAACUUAAAAUUACUUCAGAUUCAUUAAAGUUUUCAAAGAGAGCGGCGUCGACUUUUGGGGAUUGACAAUCAUGAAUGAACCUGGAAACCAAACACGUACAUGGCCUGGGACUUAUAUCACCUAUGCUGAGCAGAGGUUUGUUUUUACUUUUCAUACUCAUGCGUCUACAAUUACAACUCGGGAGAUAUAGAUUAGAUUAGUAGUUUGAUGCCGUAGAUCGUAACGUACUGGGCUGAUGUGCAAGGAUGUUCAAGGUACAGAUGAAGACCAACGGAGCUAUCCUUAAGUCUGACAUUUCCCAUGGUUGGGCCGCUCCACAGGUAUUUCACUGUUCCUCGUGUCACUGAGUCGUGGGUGAGGUGCUCCAUAAGACUUUUGGCGUUCAAUCAUAUACUCCUGUAGGCCAAGUAUAGAUGUGCCUAGUCCCCGUGCACUCAGUUCUACCCACUUCACAAGGCGCCUGGGUUGGACGGCGCGCGGGAUCGAACCAACGUCCUUCCGAAUAGCGAGUGGCGUCACUACCACUGCGCUACGAACGCACCUAGAUGAUUUUUGAAAACGAAAGUUUUAAUUUGGAAUCCUUGCUACUUUCAGAGACUUUGUCAAAGAACGCCUCGGCCCAAUGAUGAAGCACACAUGGUACACGAAAGAUGUCAAAAUUAUAGCCCAUGAUUGGCAUCGUGAUCGGAUAUUUGAUGCUGCAAUGACGGUAGGCUACUUAAUGUAGUAACUCUUCUGAUAAAAAAAAUUUUUGCAGACUUUGGUGAUGAGCUAGAAUCUAAAAAAGUGCUAAAACUUUUAUUGUAUAAAACUAACACAUAAUAAAAUAAAAUUGCAGAUAUAUCAAGACAAUGACACUAUGAUAGACGGUCUCGGGGUUCAUUGGUAUGUCCCAGGAAAUUGGGACAAGUUGGUGAAAACGUAUAAUUUGAGGCAGGACAAGUUCAUAUUGGCUACUGAAGUAAGUUAAAAAAAACGCAAAGGAGGGUAGGGUAGAUUGUAAUGAGCCUGCUUCCUGUAAGGCUGGUUAUGAUACUUUAAGAUUAGGUAAAGUACUGUAGGGCAGGUGUAACACUGAUAUUGUAGGAAAGCGUAGAGUAGGGUAGGGUAGGGUAGGGUAGGGUAGAGUAGAGUAAAACGUAAAAACUCUUUCGAAACAAGAAUAAAUACAGUAUCUUUAGGCCACAAUUGGAGGCCUUGGUCAUGAAUACGGUAACUGGCAAAGUGCGGAAAUGUAUGCUUAUGACAUAAUCAAAAACUUACAAAACUAUGUUGGUGGCUGGAUUGAAUGGAGCUUGUGGACUGACACACACGGUGGCCCAAGUUAUGUUGGCAACUUUGUUGGCUCAUCUAUCAUUCUUAAUCGCACUUACGGUUACUACGACAGUUAUGAAUUUUACAAACAGCCUCAAUUCUACGCUAUCGGACAUUUCAGUAAAUUUUUACCACCAGAUUCAGUUAUCGUAUCUUCUGGUUUCGACACUUUUGAUGGCAAUUCGAACCUUCAAGGAAUUGCGGCCGAAACUCCGGCUGGUAAUCUUGUAGUUGUUAUUCUGAACAGAGACAAGAGAAAUGUCUACAACUUGGGAAUUAACGAUGGCAGAGAGAAUAAGAAGAUUCUUAAGGUGACGAUGAAGCCACAUAGCAUUCGAACUAUCAUUUGGAAAAAGCAUAACAACAAAAUUGAACUUUAA